AUGCCUGGGCUGUUCAUGGAUUACGGCCACCACUUGCACAAGAAUAGGACGAGAGGAUGUUUGCCCAUUGCUUUGGUGAAAGGAGGAAAAAUCACCUUCAACGACACUUAUUCUCUGACGCUGCCCCAAAAUGCCAUUUUUGAACCUCUCUGUAGGGAUUACCCCAAUGCACGACCCGUCGAUCCCUCGACGGUAAUUAAUAUGCAUGAACCGUUCUACGCCUCUACCUUCCCUCAGAUGUAUGCUGUUGCAGCCGCAACGGUCAUCAGCUACCUACUCCUUAUAAUGCUAUUUAUAACCCCUCGGACAUUUUUUAUUGGCGGACGUGGAGGUGGAUUUCUCAGCCGGCAUGGAAUGAUAAGUGGCUCUUACGGCAGCUCCUCUGUCAUUGGUGUUGGCGGGCGCCCAUGGCUGCAAAAGGUCGCUGCUCUAACGGUCGUCAUUUCACUCACCAUCGCAACUGCAGAUUCGUUCGCAGUAGCUAAGCGGCAGUAUGACAUGGGUUUUAUGGACUCGAUGGCCUUGACAGAUGAAGUCGUGAGUGGCGUGGAGAUUCGCACCAUCCGCGUUAUUUCCAGCACGUUUCUAUGGCUGGCACAAGUCCAGACUCUGAUUCGUCUGUUCCCACGACAUAAAGAAAAGGUUAUCAUCAAGUGGGUUGGGUUUGCCAUGAUUAUGCUUGAUACAAUCUUCAGUAUCCUCAACAAUACAAUUCGCCAGGCGACAACCAUGCUGGUCCAGCCGAGGCAGAUUGUGGACGCGAUACCUGCCCUGAACUACCUGUUCGAAUUGGCUCUGAGUUUGCUAUAUGCCGCAUGGGUCAUUUUUUAUUCCCUUUCCAAACACCGAUUUGCGUUCUUCCACGUAAAUAUGCGGAAUAUCUGUCUCGUGGCGUUGUUGUCAUUGGUUGCAGUAUUGAUACCCGUUGUCUUCUUUAUUUUGGACGUUUCGAAACCCGAUGUCGCGGGAUGGGGAGAAUAUAUCCGUUGGGUUGGAGCGGCCGCGGCUAGCGUGGUUGUGUGGGAAUGGGUGGAGCGGAUCGAAGCUCUAGAAAGAGAAGAGAGGAAAGACGGAAUUUUGGGUCGAGAGAUAUUUGAUGGAGAUGAAAUGCUGGAGACUACUCCGUCCGAGGAAGUUGACUCGCCACAUGAUCGUCAUGGCGGUGGUACCGGUGGGAAAAAGGGCGUCGGCGGUAGCAUCUGGACAAAGAUGAUGGGCUUAACGCCGCGGCCGCUACGAAGCCGUGUUAGGUAUCAACACAGAUCCCAUCCCCGGCGAAAGCGUCAACAGAGGGCGAAAACUGAGGACACACCAGAGUCCGUUGAGAGUGAGCAUCCGACCCCUCCGCCCCAGGCCAUAACGCCCGUGAGCCGCGCGGACACAGCUAGUACAGUCUACCGCGUACGACAUCAUUCCAUCGGAAGCCUAUCGCCAUCAAUGCCUGAUAUGAUGGCGAAUGAAGAGGCUGAGAAAGGGUUUGAACUGGUUCGAACCAGGGACAGCGACCCUAGGAGCGGUCACGCUAUAUCAAGCCCAAUCCCCAGCAUAAGACACGGAAUCGACUGGCUUCAUACACUUAACCCAUUUAGACGCCGUCGCGGCUCACCUCCCCAGGAAGUUGCAAGUGCGCAAGCGGAGGAAGGGAAUAUCCGCCAUCCCACACCGGCAGGCUCCAAGGAUGAGGCACAGGCCGGCUCUACCUUGAAAGGUCAUAUCGGCAGCUCGUGGAGGUCCUUUUUGCACCGCGACUGGGGAGCCAGGGAUGAAGACGUUCAGCGAAGGGAGUCAGUUCUACCAGUUACAGUCAUUCCAGCGCGGUCACGCCGAGAGCGGACCGCAUCACACGGUGCAGUUCACCGAUCCGGAUCGCAACAAUCGAGAGAUGGCAGCAAUGAUCGUGGCGCAACGGGAACACCACUUCCCGUGGUUGUAAUACCUGCGCGGCCAAGAAUAGCCAAAGCUUGGGAUUCCUCCGCCUUUGAAGAAUACGUUCGAAACCAGCCGAAUAAUCUCUCUCCCGCUCUGCAGAAUGACCAUAACUCGACUAGCCUAGGUGUCCAGCAACCGCAGACCACACCCUCCGAACAACAGGACGUAAACCCACUAAAUCAGCUUUCCUCGGAUUAUGAAGCUGACACGGGCGGAGCACAAAGAAGCAUAGAGAGCACGACUCGAUUCCCAAGCUCUCGAUCCUCAUCAGGUCGGACACUCACCGGUUCCGCGCCGCUGACCCUGGACGACACGGGGCAAAGGAUAUCUGUACCAGAGCGACGAAGUCCAUCAACACAACAUCGUCGUGUCUGGGAUGAUUCUGGAGGUACUGAUGGGGUGACCUGA